CAAGAUGAGCAGGACCAAGGUCAGUGACCAUCUCGUCCUUUCGUCCUCCCACAUCCUUCUGACCGGCCUGGGCAGUGUAAUGCGUCCUUGGUGUGCGAAAAGUGUGCCAAACAGCCGUUUCCCCAAUGCAUAUGCAUUCGAAAAUCGCUGCGGGAUAUGGUGCCGUCGAGGUUUGUCCGGUGGAGCUGGAGCGAUCCGAACUUGAUCAUACCAUGCCGUGAGCAGUUCACUGAGGGUCGUACUGAGCGGAUCUUUGUUUCAAUUUCCGAGGCCAUCGAUAGCCCUUCCCUCGAGAUUGAGGCUGCUCUUUUGAAGGGCCAGGGGCUUCCAGGUGGCCCCCGGUGGUGCUUUGCUCCCGGCAAGCAUCCUUCAGAGGACACGAUUUACCGUUGGAUCAGAGAGCAGAUCAAGGCCGACGGCCGAGCAGAUUUUGAAGCCGAAAUGGACAAGCUUCUCCUCGAGCUUGUCCGUCGACAGGAGGAAGGCAUGCCGCUGCCAAGUCAGCAUGCUGAUUCUCCGUACAAGGCGACGCAAAUGCCCGAGUCGUUGCUGCCGAACCUCCUGAAAAUGAGGUGUAUGUUUAGGAUUUGGAGUUGCAAACAGCUUUUUGCUCACCAAGAAGGAUCCCCGGCGCUCCCAUUUGACUUGCGCCUUGCAUCGGUCCAGGACUACCUUCGGUAUCUUGCGGCCCGACGAAUCUCGGAGCUAGAGCGAAACAUCCUCCCUGAGCUUGAAAAAUACUUUUCAAGCAAGGAGAAAAGCUCGUCUCGAUCCAAGCAAGAGAAAGACACGACCUCGGCGGUGCGUCCUGGACUGGACGUCAUGAGGUGGUUUCUGUCGUGGCAAAUGAUUUUGAUUUACCGCCAAUCGCUGGGAUGGGUCUUGGACCAACAACAACAAACGGAUGCUGCACCGAUACCUAUUGCAGUGCUGCCGAUGAAUGGGGAGAGGCAUACGAGGCAUACCUUUCGGGAGACGACAAGGCAGCUGUUCGAAGCCAUCAUCGUCAUCUACUCUGUGCUAUUCCAUAAGAAGACCACAGUCGAGAGAACCAGAGACGCCGCGCCCCAAGUCUUUGGGGAUGACCAUCUCCACAGGGCAUAUCAGAGAGCCUGGGGCAAACUUCCUGAGUUCUAUGAGCAGGUGCUGCGCCAGGUGUCGCCCACAGAUGAACUCUUCAUUGAGUAUAUCGUCGCAAAGGAGUCCAAGAUUCUGGCAAAGUCUCGCAAGAAGAAGUGAGGCCGUGUUCGUUGGAGGAACUCGCUGGCGAUUGUCGGCAGGCCGGCCAUGGAUUGUUUGACGUUCUGGGAACCAAGAUUGAUUGAUGGCGAGGAUCUAGCUGUUCAAGAGGGUCGUUUCAUGGAGAUGGG